UACAAAUCUAUCACCACAUAUAAUUUUCCGCGCACUUCUUUACGAGAGGAAGUUUUAAUUUUACUGAAUAACUGCAAAUAUCUGUCUGUAUUUUUUAAAAUUUGGUUUGAAUUUUUUCUUUACAAACUCCCAUUUGAAAGUUCGGGGCGACAACUCGAUAAGAUGUUGAAAGCAUUGUCGAAUCCGUUGAUUCUCGAUCACAUCUUUGCCCAACUGAAACUCUCCGAUUUGAAAACGUGUCGCCUCGUGUCGCGAGUGGGGCGACGUCGGCGCGGGUGUCCUAGGAAAGCGGACACUUCUCAAUGUCAACCAGCUUUUCCGCUAUGACGGGUCAAACUUACACCAGAUGACCUCAGUGAACGACAAGCUGAAGCGACGCAUCAGAAUCUUUGGCGUUUUCCCACCCUUCAUUCCAGCAAACAAGACGAUUGACCUAUUCAAUAAUAUAAUAACCAGCAUCCCAAACUUAUCAAAGUCCACUUGCGAAAUCCAUUUUUUCGUAACCCAGAAUAAAUUUGCCAUCGCGUUCCUUAAUUGGAUAGCAGGCUUUAGCACCACAAACGUCCAACACGUGGCCAUCUCUAUCUCACAAGAACCCGGAAUUCGGGAGCAGGAAGAUCAAAUUGAAGAGUAUCCUAAACUUCCGAUUAUAGCUAAUUUGACCUCAAUCACAUUCCAACCUUAUCGACGCGGUCAAAUAGAGGGCCCCCACGGGUUGGAAACCUUCUUACAAGUAUUGAUCGAUUCGGCACCCAAUUUGACCUCUUUGAAUGUCUGCGGAACAUUCUGUCCGAAUUUGGCAGGAUGUAAAAAACUCAAUGUUUUGAUAUUUCAUUUCAAACAAUUUCCUCGUAUUGGUCCAGCUACUCGUCAAUUUAACUUGGCCACCAUAAUAGAGAUGCUAGCACAGGUUAAGGAUUCCUUGACCGAGAUGACAUUACACUAUGACGGGAACAGCAUUUUCAACAGAGCACAGAGCAAUUUACAGAAUAAUUUACUGAGCACGAUACGUGACACUCCUGUAAUGUCGGAACUUUCCUCUCUCACAAUUAUUAGCAUAAAUUGGUUUUCAAUCCAUAAUUUCUUUGACGAGUAUCACCUACCAAAAUUAAAAAAUCUCAACCUUGAAAAAACCUAUUUGGAAUAUAGCUUGUUAAACCAUCUAAAUGUGUGGCAACGACAUCGAGGAGUUCAAUCCCUCACUGUAAAAGCUAUCGAUAUUGAUAACACGCACAGAGAAUUUUCGAGAAAAAUCGCCCAAUUAUUCCCCACCAUUAAAAAAUUUUACUUCACGAUUGGCUUCUUCGCCGAUUAUUUAGUCAAUGAAAUUUCUCCGAUGAUGGAACCGUUCCAAGUGUGGGAUCUAGAAGAGAGCAAAGUUGUCGUUCAUUAUGCGAAAAAAUCCUCCUUGUUGGUAGAAUGCCUGAAAAGUAUGGCAAAGUGGAAAGGCGUUAAACGUCUCCACUUCGAGAAUACUCAAGUAAAUUACGACGAUUUUUCCCCCAGAAUUGAAGAUCUCGUCAGAUACGGUAGAGGAUUGAAGAGCGUGGAGAUUUCUGGGUAUUAUGGGAUUAAGGAUCAAGAAGUUGUGGAAUUAAUGCGACCAAUUUUUGAUGCCAGUGAUGCACCGAUUAAGCUCACGGGAGGUGUGGGGCGCUGUAUUUAAGCUUUAAAUCCUGUUUUUAUUAUGUAGAUAAUUAUCAUUUAUAAG